GGAAAAAAAACCUUUCGAAAACAAUCGCCGAUAGUCACACACGGAUUAUCGCAGGGAGCAGUUGUGUCGAGCCAAUUUUUCAGAAAUGUAUAAUUUGAUUUGUUUAGUGAUUUUUACAAGUUGGUUUCAAUACGGAUCGUGUAGAGAUGAAGACAAAAUUAUGAAAGCUUGCUACUGGCCGAAUGAGGCGUACGAGCCCUGCUUUGGCGGGUGCGCCGAGGUGUCAUGCGACAACCCUCGCAACCACCUGCGGCCGUGCUACCCCUACUGCGAGCCCGGGUGUGUGUGUGAAGAGCCCUACGUCCGCGAUGACCGGACCCAUCAGUGUGUGCUGCCUCAAGAUUGCUCACCAACGCAAAUGGGAAUACCAGUGCCAGCCAAGAGGACUCAAGAAAAACCGAAAUACCAAGGCAGAGUGGUUCGAGCUCACUCUAAGCGAUCAGAUCGCACAGAUACAGAGGCAAUGGAAUUUGUAGAUAACGAUGUAGCGAACACCAUUAGUAACAGUGCACCCAUCAGUGUCAGCACCAACGUGAACCCUAAAGCUGAUGACGCAUUCAAACAGCGCGGCAACGAAGUGUCCCGCAUGGAUAAUAUCGUAGCAAUGGCAACAAGAGCUCUUGGUUAUGAUUACGAUGAUGUUGAUACCAAUAAAAGACACUCGCUUUUAGAUGAAAGGAGAAAUUGGAGGAAGAAAGCUUUGAUGAAACCCUUAGAAGAGACCAAGGAUUGGGAUAGAAGGAGACACGAGUAUGAGACCAGAGAUCCCAGAGAACGAGACAGGUAUAUGGAUGAGCCAGAAACAAAGUCGUUUGGUGCAGCAUUGGACAGACCAAGGGACAAUGUGGACAGGCAGAGAGAUAAUAUCGACAGGCAAAGAGAUAUGGAUAGGCAAAGAGAAAUGGAUAGACAAAGAGACAUGGAUAGACAAAGAGAUAUGGACAGGCAAAGAGAUAUGGACAGGCAAAGAGAUAUGGAUAGACAAAGAGACAUGGAUAGACAAAGAGAAUUAGACGUGUCAUCCCCGUACAGACCAGGACAAAGGCAGUACGAAGAAGAGAAAAUUAAUGCACAGCAAACAUUAAAAAGUUCAGAAGUGCCACAUACAAUUUCAUACUUAGAUGACAGAAAAGAUGUUGAGAGAGACAAGAAGCCACAGUCGUCCAUGAACUGCGAACGACCACAUGAAAGGUAUGAAGGCUGUUUUGCGGGCUGUGCAUCAGUGACGUGCGACAACCCUCGCGAUCGCCUGCGGCCCUGCUACCCGUUCUGUGAGCCUGGCUGCAUCUGCGUACACCCCUACGUGCGCGAUGACAGGACUCACAAAUGCGUACUGCCCGAAGAAUGCACCAAAGGCCUCAAAGGAAUCCCGGAUCUAGGCGACGAUAUUUAAGAGAAAUCAUAAAAUGUUAUGGAUUAUUUUAUACGAUUGUAACACAUUAUACUUAUUUAUACUUAAUAUAUUGUUUUUGACAUAAA